CUUUAAACAAUUUACUGGAAAAAUAUUGUUUGUACAAAUUGCAAACACGUCCAACUCGACAAUACAUUUUUAGCAAUGAUUUUAUUCUUGUAGCAUCUAAUGCGCAACAAUGCCAACUAUUGUAUCACAGCUUGAAACCACAGAGAAGGAUAUUUCUUCACUUGAAUCAAGAUUAGACACCAUUGAAAGGCGCCUUAGGAUUUCAAACCUUUCAGAUGACCAGAUUAAAUCAUUGGAGAAAGAAGAAAAAGACUUGCAAAAGAAGUUGAAGGACAAACGCCAGUCAUUGAGUGGGCUACGGGUAGAGAAUGGCAAGAACAUGGUGAUAUCGGUGGUGCUAUUGGGACUUAUUGUACUCGUAUAUUAUGUAUUUGUUACACCAUAGCCAUCACUUUCAUUGCAUUAUAUCAUUUUGUUCCAAUAAAUUUUACAUCAACCAAAAAGUU